AUGUCUCAAUUGCUCCUCAGAUUCGCUUUCAUGUAUCCUAUGAUAACACUAAUAUCAUAUGCAGCAAUCAUUCAAAAUCCAGAUUUCGAGUUAGCACCAACAAACAUAACAUCAAACACCACCUCGCCAUUCCUACUCACCGAACAAGCCAACACUCUGCCCGGUUGGUCCUUCCAUGGUACAGUUCGAUACGUAACUGUUGCUAAUGGACAUGCUAUUCAGUUGGGUCAGAACGGUAGAAUCAACCAAACGUUCAAAACAACAGGAAACUCUAUGAAUUAUGUGAUUACAUUCACAUUAGCAGUUGAUCGAGUGGAUUGCAUGGCUAACAACAACUCUUUUGCUCUCAACAUUUCGACUUCUGAGAGUUUUAAAGUCUUUCGAUUUCUAGGACUGUAUGGGAAUAGAACAUGGGAAAGCCGUGCUUUCCAAUUCACAAACAUGGACAUAAUACAUCUUCAGAUUCAGAAAGUAUCAAUUGGAAGCAGCAAUACUUCUUGUGACCCUAUUGUGGACUCCUUUCUUAUUAAAGGAGUCGGACCUGAAAUAUUCUACGACGGUAUGUACAUAUUAGGCCUAUCUGCCAAUACUUUCUGUUUAUGUUUAUGA